ACAUCAUGGGUGAAAACACUGGCUUGGCUCUUCCAGGAACACAACCAUCUCCCUCCUGACCACAGAUGACGCCAUGGUCUCCAUCGACCCCACCAUGCCGGCAAAUUCAGAACGCACUCCCUACAAAGUGAGGCCCGUGACCGUCAAGCAACUCUCCGAGAAAGAAGAAUUAAUCCAGAGCAUGCUGACUCAGGUGGCAGAGCAAUUCUCAAGAGCAUUUAAGAUCAACGAACUGAAAGCCGAGGUCGCCAACCACUUGGCCGUGCUAGAGAAACGCGUCGAAUUGGAAGGCCUGAAAGUGGUGGAGAUUGAGAAAUGCAAGAGAGACAUUAAAGAGAUGAAGGAGGAGCUGGCAGCCAGGAACAACAGGACCAGCUGUCCCUGUAAGCAUAGUUUUCUGGAUAACACCAAGAAGCUGAUGCCUCCACGUGAUGUCCCCACAUAUCCCAAGUACCUGCUCUCCCCAGAGACCGUGGAGGCCCUGCGGAAGCCCACCUUUGACGUCUGGCUUUGGGAGCCCAACGAGAUGCUGAGCUGCUUGGAGCACAUGUACCAUGACCUUGGCCUGGUCAGGGACUUCAGCAUCAACCCCGUCACGCUCAAGAGGUGGCUGCUCUGUGUGCAUGACAACUACAGGAACAACCCUUUCCACAACUUCCGACACUGCUUCUGUGUGACCCAGAUGAUGUACAGCAUGAUCGGGCUCUGCGGGCUCCAGGAGAAAUUUUCCCAAAUGGAUAUCUUGACCCUGAUGACAGCGGCCAUCUGCCAUGAUUUGGAUCACCCAGGAUACAACAACACGUACCAGAUCAAUGCCCGCACAGAGCUGGCCGUCCGCUACAAUGACAUCUCGCCCCUGGAGAACCACCACUGUGCCGUGGCCUUCCAGAUCCUCGCCCAGCCUGAGUGCAACAUCUUCUCCAAUGUGCAGCCAGACGGGUUCAAGCAGAUCAGACAGGGGAUAAUCACGUUGAUCUUGGCCACUGACAUGGCACGGCACGCAGAAAUUAUGGAUUCUUUCAAAGAAACAAUGAAGAAUUUUGACUACAGCAACGAGGAGCACAUGACCCUUCUGAAGAUGAUUUUGAUAAAAUGCUGUGAUAUCUCUAAUGAGGUCCGCCCAAUGGAAAUUGCAGAGCCCUGGGUAGACUGUUUAUUAGAAGAAUAUUUUAUGCAGAGCGACCGCGAGAAAGCCGAAGGCCUUCCUGUGGCCCCUUUCAUGGACCGGGACAAAGUGACCAAAGCCACAGCCCAGAUCGGGUUCAUCAAGUUCGUCCUGAUCCCGAUGUUUGAAACAGUGACCGAGCUUUUCCCGGCGGUGGAGGAAUUUGUGCUGCAGCCCCUCUGGGAAUCCAGAGAUCAUUAUGCAGAGCUGAAGCAAAUGGAUGACGACGUGAGGGAGAGGACUGAGAGCCUGACAUCUGGAGGCGCCGACAGGUCAAGAGAGAAAAGCAGGGAUGUGAAAAACAGCGAAGAUAAUGUUGUCUGAGUCGGCGUCUCAGUGGGCGUUGUCUGUGUGUGAUCCUGUGACAUGUGUGUGAUGUCUCCUGAGCAUUUUUCAUCUCAACAGAAACGAGCCCAGUAGUCCUUCUCCUCCUCCCAGCAGACUGAGCCUGCAGACAGCAGCAGACGGGCUGCGGCCUGGACCAGGCGGCUGAGCUCCGUGGGACUCCGCAACUCAGAGGCGAGGGCGUUCUCAGCAGCUGCACCGCAAGACCACACUUUCUAAGAACUGUUUUGUUCACAGAUAUUAAA